AUGUGUUUGUGAGUUCUUCUGUAAAUCCAUUUAUUCUUCUCUUUUACUUUAACAGUGUAAAAGAGGCCCUGAAAUUGCACAUAAUGAACAACUACUCUGCCAAUCCUGUCAGAUGGUGUGACCAAAAUGGUCACAGGCUGACAGUCAUGUCCCCUGCGUGUUUUUGAGAAAGUAAUGCUUCUGCUUUCCCAAUCCAUCGCAACCUCAGAACGCUAGUCGGUCAGGGAGGGUUUUGCCAGCUAUGUGGCAGACCCGGGGCUAGCUUGUGUGUUUUAUAUAUGCUUCCUUUAAAUAAGCUGACAAAAGGAGUCAACUCUACCACAUGUUCUCCUAUACCGUGUUUAGAAACUAAGCUUAGACUCAUUAUAUUUCAAAUGAAUUGCAGCUUUAGGGUCCUGAAUACUGGAAGUUUGUAUGGGGAUUCUACAACGAGUGUAAAGCCCGAUGUGUGAUCAUGUUUAAAUCUAUACACCGCUGGUCUCCGUGAGGGACAGUCACUAGUCCCCGGGAUAUGUCAAUAUUAAGCAAUGUAUCUGUUGGUUGGCUACUAUUUAGCAUGCCUGUGGUGUGACGGUCAAAUUGAAUGUGUGGGACCAUUGUUUUCAAUCUCAACCCUACUCCGCCAGAGCGUCCAGUGUGCGCUCUGAACACUCCGAGAGCGAAACGCGCUGAAUUUACUAACGGACAAUUUGACAACAUUCUGAAUUUACACUCCUGAGUGAAUUUACAAACGCACCCUUAAUGUCCUAUAACCAACCUGCGUCAAUCUAGCUAGAUGGCUAGCCAGUGAUGCUAUGACGAGCAACCUUAUUGGUAGCUACCCUUAAAAGAGACAAAUCAGCACAGAAUGCUCUUCAGCUGCUGAGAAUGUGCUAUAUACACAGCAUAUCCUUUAUUAAUUUUUUUACUUUUACGUUAUAUCCAAUUGGUAGUUACAGUCUUGUCCCAUCGCUGCAACUCCCCUAUGGACUCGGGAGAGGCGAAGGUCGAGAGCCAUGCGUCCUCCGAAACACAACCCUGCCAAGUCGCACUGCUUCUUGACACACUGCUCGCUUAACCAGCCACACCAAUGUGUCGGAAGAAAAGCCCGGCCCGCCACAAGGCAUCGCUAGAGCAUGAUGGGACAAGUAAAUCCCUGCCGGUCAAACCCUCCCCUAACCCAGACAACGCUGGGCCAAUUGUGUACCACCUCAUGGGUCUCCCUGUCACGGCUGGCUGUGACACAGCCUGGUCUGUAGUGACGCCUCAAGCACUGCGAUGCAGUGCCUUAGACCGCUGCGCCACUCGGGAGGCCCAAACACACCUAUCCGAUGGGGAUUGUUGAUCUCAAUCUCUAGAAAGCGUUGCAUUCAACUGCACAUUAACCAUUAAGUCAAUUGCAACCUUCAAACAAUUGCAGCCAAAUUCCCUUGAAUAUUAACCAGCUCUGACUUAGACCAUAAAGGUCAGCAUUCUAUAUUUGGGACUUAGCAUACCACUUCCUCAUAUUUCCAGUCCACUGUACUUACUGAGUGUUCCCAUAAAUUAUUUUUCAUUCUCCGAACCCUCCAAACAGUGUGUUACAGUACAACAUCUCCCUCUCUCAGCCCCAGAUUGACAGGUAAUGCCUGUAAUAAGCCUUAGGAAGACCUUUGGGUCGAAAUGUUGCUGGAAGGAGCACAGCAGCAGCACCUGACAGUAUCUAAGGGGUGUCUAUUUCUCUCUCCCCAGAUUGACAGGUAAUGAACCCCUGUCCAUCCUACCGCUGAGCUCUCAACCUGAGGAGAACGUGGGAAGGGCCCACUACAAGCUGUGUGACCGGCUCAAACUGGAGAAGAAGCAGCGGCGGAUGUGUCGACGAGACCCGGGCGUGGCCGAGACCCUCAUGGAGGCCAUAAGCAUGAGCGCCCUGGAGUGCCAGUACCAGUUCCGCUUUGAGAGGUGGAACUGCACCUUAGAGGGACGCUACAGAGCCAACAUUUUAAAGAGAGGUAGGGAAAGAAAAGCAUCCGAACUUCAUAUAGAAGUAAUAUGUUUUCAACUGACAGAUAACUGGUUUCUGACUUUCAUGGUUGGAGGUGGAAAUACAUUUUUGUAAUUCCAUAGGAGAUAGUACAGUAGAGAGAGGCCAUAGUAGAUGGCACAGUAGAAAGUUGUAGGGUAUUUUCCCAAUAAUGACAACUUUCAAUUGCUCAUUUUGAGUGUCUAGUAGGAAGCUGGUAGCUUAUAUCUGAUCCUUCCUCUUGCUCCACAUCGCUCUCUAGGUUUUAAGGAGACAGCCUUCCUGUAUGCUGUCUCCUCAGCAGGCCUGACUCAUGCCAUGGCCAAGGCAUGCAGCGCCGGGCGGAUGGAGCGUUGCACCUGCGAUGAAGCCCCAGACCUGGAGAACCGUAAGGCCUGGCAGUGGGGCGGCUGUGGUGACAACCUCAAGUACAGCAACAAGUUUGUCAAGGACUUCCUUGGCAAACGCUCCAACAAGGACCUGCGUGCCCGCGUGGACAUGCACAACACUAACGUGGGCAUGAAGGUGAGUGUGGAGUGGAGCCAUGUUGGAUGACGCAGUACAUUUAAUCUUGUUGAUUCAUGGGAUACACUAAUAAUUAGACCUUUGUCACAACUUUUGCUGUAAAAAUAACUAUGAAUAUUUUGGGGUUGGCUGGUUGAUUGAUUGAUUGACUGGCAGUGUAGUUUGCUAUACCUGGGCCCUGUACAGCUAAGUAUGUAGGCCUUUAAGUAUGUAGGCCUUUAAGUAUGUAGGCCUUUAAGUAUGUAGGCCUUUAAGUAUGUAGGCCUAUGUUGUCCUCUCUUGAGAUGGUUAAGCUCUGUGGGUGUAUUCUAGGGUGAAUAUACUCUGAAUCUCCUACAGACAACUAUAUAAUGUAAGGUUGGUAAAUUAUUGUUAUCUAAAUGUACCUGUCUAAAGACACAGCAAAAUGACCAGAACCAGUGAAAUUGACCGGAGAGGAAUUUAAUGUGACCAUGAGAGGAAUAACAAUAACAUAAUUUUUACAGCUACAUUCCCCAUGGUCGACAGAGAAUCGUUUACCCACAUGUUGUGGUUAUUAAACAAAUAAUAUAGAUCCUCAAGCAUCCCACUUAAUGGUCAGAUAAAAAACCAGCCUAAAUCACUUAAAUUGACUGCUUCAUUCAAUCAAAUCAGAGGCCACACAUCAAUCAACCUUUGGUUUUCCCUCUAAAAUUAGAGAGUUAAUUGCCUUUUUUUGUGCCUUAGCGAGAUUCAACAUUUGUUUGUGGUGAGGGAGUGAGGGUGUUUUUUUCAGCUUGGACGUGAUUUUAAAAGAAAAGAGAAUGCUCUUAAACUGUCAAGCCAAAGCAAACUCAGAGAGCUUCAAGUUCCUUGGUGUCCACAUCACCAACAAACUAACAUGGUCCAAGCACACCAAGACAGUCGUGAAGACAGCACGACAAAACAAUCUCGCUAUUGUUAUUUUUACUGCUGAUCUUUAAUUAUUUGUUACUUUUAUUUCGUAUUCUUUUAUAAUGUAUUUUUUUGUGUGAUUUUUUUUGGUAUUCUUUCUUAAAACUGCAUUGUUGGUUAAAGGCUUGUAAACAUUUCACUGUAAGGUCUACACAUGUUGUAUACGGCGCAUGUGACAAAUACAAUUUGAUUUGAUUUGAUCUGCUACCUUUACUCAGAUUUGUUCAUAUUGUAGCCAUUUUCAUUUUAGUAUGAAUAUAAAUCAUAGCAGAAGCACACUUCCCCAAAUGUUAGCAGACACAAACCUCUCCCCGAAGACCCGUGGUGUGCUCUUCCUUUUCAGCUUGGCUCUCCAAAUCCAUUCUCUCAGGUUAUUUUAUUUGUGAUAAAAGAUUUACAACACUGUUUUCGUCCAGGUUUUUUCUUAUUUGCAGAUUUAGUGAGGUGUACCACGUCCCAUAUGGAGCACAAAUCUUGGAAUGUGCCAGCCUCUGCAUCCCUAGAACAUUUUAAAGCUGACAUUUUCCUGAACUAAACUGCAAGUGUGAUGAAUAUGCAGCACUUCUUUCUUAUUCCACGAUCUGUUUCCCAGUGUGUGAGAACAGAACCAGAGAGAGACUGUCUGUCCACUCCAUGCCUCCUCUGGAGAAUAUGCGUUAUGGAUUUUAACACAAAACCUUUUAACGUUGUGGUCGGUUGCUGCUGACUGAGCUGUACACAAAUGAACCAUUGCCUGCCACAGACAGUUCAAGCAAUGUCGCAACGUGUACUAUUCAAGGAGCCUUAAACGCACCCAUUCACCCCCCAAAGUUAAAAGUUGUCGAACAUUAAUGGUCAGAGGUGUUCUCUCAAGUUCAACUGAGUCCAUAUUCCAUGUCAUCUGUUGAGUAGAUCCCGUUAUAUGCAUUAUGAGAAAUCUUCAGGCCUCAACAUAUUUUACGUAAAAUUGAUUAGUUUAGCGUUACAGUUGCUAGCCUAAGGUUUCCCCCCUACUGAAUCAAAACUGUAGUGUUAUGAAGUUGGCCUGGUGAAAGAGAUUUACCUUGGGUUUUUUGUCUUCCACAUACCUUAAAACAAACCAAGAACAGGGGCCAGGUUCUGAGUAUUCUGUCUCCUUCUUUCCCAUAGCCGAGGAACUCAAUGGAUCUUUUCUUCAGGAAAAGUGCCUCUCAGAGUAUCCUCAACUUGCUAUUAGUAAUAACCAUGAUGGCUUUAAUCAAACUCUAUUACCGAAAGUUAUCAUAACAGUCCGUAUCGUCCCUUCCCACCCACAAAGAUGAUCUUUUCAACUUUUGCUUAUAGUGUACAACAUUUUCUAUUAAGAGUCUUUGGUUGGGAAGUGACAACAAUGUGACAUUGUUGUCAUGUAAUGUUUUAUUAUGUUAAUUACAGUUUAUCAGCAAUAAGUAGAGGCUCUAGAUAAUCUAACUCUGUGGUAUGUAUGAGUAUAAACCGAAAAUAUAAUUAUGGCCUCUGUUCUCAUCGCAUUUUAAUAUGUCCUGUGUAUGUAAAGACUUCAUAUUGGAGGAAUUUCUUAUGAUAUUAGGACAUUACAUAGACCCAUUGUGCUUGCAGAAAUUACAGGGGAGUCUAGGUUCUUUGAAACCUUGCUUACCAUACAAAGUACAAAGUGGGCCAAAGUUAAUAUUUUGUCGUUUCAGGCAGUCCCUUUCAUGCCCUGUGGUGGUUGACUGUCAGUAUGUUCCUCUCCUCUCCCACCAUCAGGUGAUCAAAGCCGGGGUGGAGACUACCUGCAAAUGCCAUGGCGUCUCAGGCUCCUGCACCGUCCAGACGUGCUGGAGGCAGCUCUCACCGUUCCACGAGAUCGGCAAGCAGCUGAAACAGCGCUAUGAGACCUCUCUGAAGGUGGGCAGCUCCACCAACGAGGCCACGGGGGAGGGGGAAAUCUCCCAGGCCCGGCCCCAACAGGAGCAGCCCCCACCGGGCCCCAGCAAUGACCCGAUCCCACGCACCAUGGACCUGCUCCACAUUGAGGACUCACCCAGCUUCUGCCGGCACAGCAAGUACUCGCCGGGCACCUCGGCCAGGAAAUGCUACAAGGACAAGAACUGCGACGCCAUAUGCUGCGGCAGGGGCCACAACACCCAGAGCCGCGUGGUGACCCGGCCAUGCCAGUGUCAGGUGCGCUGGUGCUGCUACGUCGAAUGCAAGCAGUGUACACAGAGAGAGGAGGUCUACACCUGUAAAGGUUAGCCCAGUCGUAGCUUCCUGCUCGCCCCUUGUUGCUGUCAGAAAGAGAGAGAGAGUUCUGCGGCAGAGGAGAGAGCAAGACGAUGGAGAUGGAGAGCCUUUAAAAGCACUUUGAGGGAUUUUCUGUUCUGUGGGUUUUGUUUUAAUGCCCUGUGGCCCCAGCCAAUGGGGAUUGGGGUUGCAGGAGGAGAUUGGCCUUGUCUGACAACAGGGUCAACAUGGGUCUAAUGUUUUCUGGUUGCAGAGUUGGAGCUUUGGAGAAAGGCUACCUCACCUAUUCAACAUCCAGUCAGAUCUGUCGGUGAGAAAAAGCAGCACUUGGCAGCUGUCUCUGGUGAGCAUGCUGUUAAUGAGGAUCCAAUACAAUGACCAUAAUAGUAAAAGACUGGCUUUUGGGCCUUGCCCAAUGUAGAAAUGUGUGUGUGUGUGUUGGCGAGUGAGGGUACGGGGGGGGGAGGGGGGGGAAUUACAACUCAUAUGGCAAUCAUGGUAACCAUAUUCAGAAACUGUUAAGAAGACAGGGUGUAAGAUUUGUUCUACACACACAUAUUUACAUGCACACAGCAUUGUGUGUAUGCAUAUGUAAAUAAAUUAAAUUGUAUUAUAAUGAUAUUAUAUACACUUGCUACUUAUCUGAAUAUGUUUAAACAAACCACUAACCACACAAAUGUUUUGUUGUUUGUGUGUUCUCGCUCUCUUUUGCUUUUUAUUUUGUUUUUUUGACAAGGCCUUUUGGAAAGCAGCACAUUUGUGUCCUUUGUCUCGCUCUGUGGAUAAUUUAUGGACCCUUUGGGACUACUCCUUCACGAAGAGAGAAAACACAUUCAUUUGUCUUUGAUUCUUUUACACUAGAGUGAAAUUGUUGGUGAAUACAUUUUGCCAGUCAUUUUAGGCUACUCUUGGCCUUGAGCGAACUCAACUAAUGUUCAGGGAAUAACUGAAACCACUAUACCUAUUUGGACUUACGGUAAAAAGAAAAAAAAGAAAAACUGUAUGUAAUGAAAGUUCAAUGAGAGAAUGACCUUGCUUUUCUGAGUUUAGUGUCUAUUACUGUCACCGUGACAACAGGAGACCACCUGACCAGUGGAGAAUGCAUCUUCCAAUCAGCUGAAUAGUGCUCUAACUAUAACAGCUUCUUGGUACUUAGUUAGCCCUCUAUUUAAAAAAAGAAAAGCAAAUCUUGCUAGUAAUACUACUAUAAAGUUGUAAAGAAACAGUAAACUGUGGGGAACAGGAGAAAUGUAACCCCCAUACCUACUCUCUCAUAUCCUUCCUUCCUCUCUCUACACCCGCCAUUUGAUUGAAAAAGAUGAAUGGUUGAGGUUGAAAAUGAACAGUAUGGUCCAAUGGAAAAAUGGCUUAAACAUUAACACCCUGAGGCAAAUUUGGUAUUUUAGAUAUAGUCCUGAAGCUCACAAUAAUAAGGUGACAAAAUGUGUUUGCAACUACAAAGCAAAUGUAUGCUCUAGCUGUAUGCCUAUGCAUUGUCUAUCCAUUGUUUUGGGCAUGGCUACCACAACUCCACGACUGCAAAGGUACAAUCUCCUUUUGUGUUGUUUUGACAGUAAUUCUUUUUCAGGCAGGUUACUGUUAUGUUGUACAUGACUAAAAUGUAAUAUUGGAUGUUUGAUGCUUCAGAUUACUGGUGGAAAAGGCAGAGCCAACCCUCUAAAACACCUACAAUAACUCAUGAGAUACAAAGUCAUCUUUAGAUUCCCUUUAGAUAUACAGCCUUUGCCUGUUUUAUGUGGGUGAGAAUGAACUACUGAGUGAGGAACCCAACAUUGUAAGAUAGCCCCAUUCACGCACUGAAGCCCCAGAAGCCCUUUAUAAUUUCCCUUUAAAGUAUUUAAAGAUCCUGUAUUUAUGAAUAUAUACAGUGCAGAUGUUUUUAUUUUCCUUUUGUUUAUUGUAAAUAACAAUGGUUUAUUCUCCUGUGGUAUAGAGACAAGAGUGAGGCACAUGGUAAAAUCUCACAGGCAAGUAAAGAGGAAGUUGGUAGCAAUAAGGAGGUUAGGAACAAGACAUGUGAUGCUGGAAAGGCAAGUGGUAAAAUAUAAGUUGAUGCAUAAGGCUACAGCUAAAUCAUGAAUAUGGAGUGCAUUGCUGCUGAAAACUUGAUUGUAAGUGAUCAUCAGUAAGUGAAAAACAUUAGUAGAUAGCUGUGGUCCAAGCUAUCUUUGAGGGCAUUGGCAUGCUAUGUUAGAUAGAAGCGGUGACACUCACAGGAUUUAUAUCUGAUUCAACACACCAUGAUUGAUCAAGGAAAAGCAGCAUGCUCUGAGAAGGGAGUCUAGCCUAGCGAAGGUUGGUUGGUUCAUCCUCUAGAGCUGAAUUCCAAACAUGCCAAAUAAAGAAUGGUCAAAACAUAUACAUAGAACUUUACACGCUACAUGGAAACCAUAAUGGCUAUGCUGAGAGCCUGAGCAUAAAUGCCUGCUUCCCACAGCUUC